AGAUACGGAAGAUAAUGAUCGAUAUUGGGCAGAUAAAUUAGCAGCUUUAGAUGAGGAUCAUACGAAAAGAAAUAAACUCGAUAAAAAAGAAAUAGAUCAACUUUUUCGAAAAGUUGUAAAUUAUGCACAACAGACGAAUGAUAAAGCUUGUUUGUAUGAACAAGCAAAGGUUAAAGAUUGUUAUAAUCAAAAUAAAUGUCAAACACUUCGUUGUAACGAAGAAGUUGACAAUUUUAUCAAUUGUGUUAAUAAAAUGUUUUACAAAUCUGUUCGCACUGAUAACAACGAUAUCUAUCCAUUGAAUAGAAAGUACACAUACAAUGAAAAAUUCAGACGAGGAUAUUUAUUUCUAUAAAUAUUAUAUUAUCAUUAAAUAUAUAUACACGCACGCACACAGAAUAAAGAAAUGUUUCAAAUAAUAAUAAUAAUAAUGUUAUCAAUCAAAUGUAAACAAACAUGUAACCUGAUACAUCAGCAUCGGUGGUUCAGUGGUAGAAUGCUCGCCUGCCACGCGGGCGGCCCGGGUUCGAUUCCCGGCCGAUGCAUCUUAUUUUUUUUUUUUAUUUAUUCUAUAAAAAUUUAGUCUUUUUUUUGUUAACAACAAGACAUUACAGUUGUGCCUGAAUAAAUUUUAACGAGUUUUGAUAUAUUAGUAGUAAACCUAACGAUUCAAAAAAAAAAAAAACAAUAAUACGAAAGCAUAAAAACAGAUUCUAAUUUGUUUAUCAUAUAUCUGACGUAACACGUUGUGUGUGUAUUUCAUAUUGAAAAAUAUAAUUUAUUAUAAAUAAAUAAUAUUAAUAUGAUCGAGGGAACACGAGUAUUUCCAACAAAUGGAUCACAAUCUAUGAUCAAACAUCGUCUAAAUGCAGCUGAGAAAAGUUAUAUACUUUUAAAAAAGAAAUCUGACACCUUGUUAGCCUAUUUUAAAACGAUAUUAGCAAAAUUAUUAGAAAAGAAAUCAAUUUUAAAAGAAGUUAUGAAAGAAGCAUCAUUUUCAUUGGCCGAAGUUAAUUAUAUAACCGGUAAUAUAAAUCAAUUUGUAUUACAAUUGGCAAAUAAAGCAACGAUCAAAGUGUUAUCGCGAAAAAAUAUUAUCGUUGGUGUUAAUAUUCAAACAUAUGAAUAUUACGAAGAAGGUUUCGAUCCUUUUCUUUACACUGGUUUAGCCAGAGGUGGACAACAGGUAUCAUCAUCAUUAUUAUUAUUAUCAAUAAUUAUAUUCAACAUUUGUUAUGUUAAAAAUAUGAAUAUUUUACAAUGGCAGGUACUCAAAGUGAAAAAUAAUUAUCGAAAUGCAUUGGAACUGUUAAUUCAAUUAGCAUCCUUGCAAUCUAGUUUUAUAACAUUGGAGAAACAUUUAAAAGUGACGCAUCGUCGUGUCAAUGUAUUACGUUAUAUUAUUAUACCACGAUUAAAAUCUACAUUGACGUAUAUUGCAACUGAAUUGGAAGAACGCGAGAGAGAGGACAUUUUUAGAUUAAAAAAGAUGCAAACACAAAGAAAAAUCAAGUCAAACGUGAUAAGAAAUAUUUCAAUUAUUCAAGAAACUAAAAAAGCUAUCGAUGACGACACUGACCAUGAUUUACUUUUUUAAAAAGCAUUUGUUUGUUUUUUUUU